AAAUAUACACACGCCUGAAAACAAAAAUAAAAUAAAUAACUUUUACAACCAAAGAAAAGCUUACACGUGUGUUUACCACUUACCACUUUCCUUUCUUCCUCAAACACAAACGCCUCUCUCUCUCUUCUCUCUCUCCCGAACACCCUGUAAAUGCUCCACGAUCCCACAAGACGUGUCUCUCUAAUCUUUUCCUCAUCAAUUCUCAGAUUAUUUUCCAUAUUGUUAAAUAUUUCAGCUUAAUUUAUACUAACUUCUUUUUUUUCUGAUUUUGUGAAUCAUCAUCAACAGAGGAAACUGAGAAAUGCAUGCCUAAAAGCUUCUCUGAGACUUAGGGUUUUUCAUUGUUUAACGAAACUCUGUAGAAGAAAAAAAUCUGACUCUUUUAAAGCUUUUAGAAUUUAAAACGACCAAGUUCGGAAUAUUCGUUUCUUCUUCUUCUACUUUCGUCUCUUCCUCUUCCCUUCUUCAAAAGGGUUUUAUUCCAUCAGAAAACCCUUUUCGAAAGGAAGAAAAAGGUUCAAUUUUUAGAGAAACCCAAAAAAGGCAGAGACAGAGAAAUCACCAAAUUCAUGAAACAGGUGUUUACAUUGGAAACAGAGGAGAAAAUCUACAAAAUUCUCCGUAAAUCUUUUAUCUUUUCCAAAUUGAAAGAUUCGAUGAACAGAUCGUGUCUCUGUAGUGUCUUAAUCGCCACUGCUCUGAUUUGUGGUGCUUACUUCAUUGGCAAUGCUUAUCUAGCUAAAGAAUUUAAAGAGAAAUUGCAACGAUGGGAAAUCACUGAUAAAAUGCAUAACGUCACUGAUAAAAUGCAUAACAUCACUGAUAAGUUGCAGAAAGCAACAUCCGGUACAUGCGAGAAUCUCAAUAAGCCAUUUGGUGCUGAAUCAUUACCGCAAGGAAUUAUCGCCAAAACAUCAAACUUGGAAACGCAGCAUCUAUGGAACUACGAUGACACAAAGAAGGGGAAUCCGAAUCGUGCUAUGAGUUUGCUAGCCAUGGCUGUUGGAAUCAAGCAGAAGGAGCUAGUCAACAAAGUCAUCGUAAAGUUUCCUCCUCAAGAUUUCGUGGUCAUGCUUUUUCAUUACGAUGGUGUUGUCGACGAUUGGAAACAGUGGUUCGCUAAACGAUUCUUGCACCCUGAUAUCGUUGGAGAGUAUGAGUAUAUUUUUCUGUGGGACGAAGAUCUUGGUGUAGCUCAUUUCAAUUCUCAACGAUACCUAUCUAUCGUCAGAGAAGAAGGUCUUCAGAUAUCGCAACCGGCUCUCGACACUACGAAAUCGGAGGUGCAUCAUCCUAUAACUGCUCGUCGCAAGAAGUCGAAAGUUCAUAGGCGAAUGUAUAAAAACAAAGGUACCGGGCGAUGCGAUGACCAUAGCACCAAUCCUCCCUGCAUCGGGUGGGUAGAGAUGAUGGCUCCAGUUUUCUCUAGAGCAGCAUGGAGAUGUUCUUGGUACAUGAUUCAGAACGAUUUGAUCCAUGCUUGGGGUUUGGAUAUGCAGCUUGGUUAUUGUGCGCAAGGUGAUCGGAAGGAAAAUGUAGGUGUUGUUGAUGCGGAGUACAUAGUUCAUUACGGUCUUCCCACACUUGGUGUGGUUGAAGCCGCGAGGAAUGAGACAAACCAGAAAUCACAUGUUUCAAAGGAAUCAUCAGAGUCUCGUGAAGUGGAUAAUAGACCAGAAGUGAGGAUGAAAUCGUUUGUAGAGAUGAAGAGAUUCAAGGAACGUUGGAAGAAAGCUGUGAAGGAUGAUAGAUGUUGGGUCGAUCCGUAUUGAAAACCUACAAGUGGUCUAAGUAAACCGAACCAAACCGGGUUUACCUUCACAAAAUAGAGUUGAGUGUCUUGUUGAAUAUGGUUUUGUGGUUUAAUGUUUACCAUUAUUUUGGUACAUAGAUUUUGUUUUACUGGGAAAAGGUUCAGUGUAGUGUUCUGUGGUGGACCACAUAUAGUAGAUUUAUUUUUUGUAAUAUUAUAUUAUUAUACUUUUUUAAUACUGGUAAAUUAUUUGAUGGUUAUAAAUAGAGAAAUUUAAUCCAGUUUCAUUCCCCCCU